UUUUAUGCAUCGAUAAAAUCCAGAAGAGAACAUUACCAGCUUAAACAAGCUGAUUGCAUAUAUAAAAUAUGCUAAACAGCUUCUUUGUCAAUAUUGUAAGCAGUCACUUUAAAAUGCUAGAUCUAGCAAAAAAACACGCUAAAGUAGCAGCACUGCUGUACCAUCACUAAUUUGCGCGCAAUUUCCAUCAUCGAAAUGGACGCGGAAUUAAUUCCUCUUCGAAAAAGAAUUACAAAUAACUUCAAGCUAUGUGGUUUUCUGAUUCGGUCGGAGAAUAGCACUUAUCUGGCAGAGCAACUUCUGCCCUUCGAUGCGGAUGAGCGGGACAAAUGGCUGACUGUCAUCACAGAGAACCUGCAGGGACAGAAGUUAGCGACGCCGCAUGUGGAACGGGCGGCUCUGGAAAAGGCCAUCAAUGAGUUGAACCGUGUAGGACUGGACGAGGGCGAGACGGUAUUUGCUCUGAUUGAUGCUUUCACAGUGCCCCGGUACCGCUACAACACGCGCAUCAAGAAAUUCGAGCCGGAUCUGACGCCGCGGCAGUUGUUGAGCGCUCCCCGUAUGAAGUCCGACUAUAUGCAGCAGCGCUAUGCCAUGCUGCUGCAAAAGACACUGCGUCACGAUUUGUUUGCUCCGGCGGUCAUCCAGGACGGCGUUGGCGCCCAAGCUAAAAAGUUCAAAUUGCAGUUCGCAGAAAAUUUGCUGGCCACCUCCACAAUAAGGGAGGCUGUGGUAUUGGGACUGCUGACCCAGCUGAAGGAGGGCAAGUUCUACGUGGAAGAUCCCACUGGCUCUAUCCAGCUGGAUUUGAGUGGAGCUCGCUUCCACGCCGGCUUCUUCUGCGAGGGCUGCUUUGUGCUGGCCGAGGGCAACUAUUCCAAUGGCGUGUUGAAAGUUGAUGGCCUGGGUUUUCCUCCUGCUGAGCCAGCUACUAGCAGCCGUGCCUUCUUCGGUAUAGCUAACACUUGGGGCGGCGAGUCCACCAAGCUACUGAAGUACUCUCCGCGUCUGCAAGAGCUGGAACGCACCAAUACAGAAACCACAAUCGUAUUUCUGUCUGAUGUGCGUCUGGAUCUGCCUGUGGUCGUAGAAAAGCUGCGACAGCUCUUUGUCGGCUACGAUUCCUGUCCGCCCCAGGCCAUUGUCCUCAUGGGACCGUUCACUGCCAGCACCCGCAACCAUCACGAGCUGCGUCAGCAUUUGGAUGCAUUGGGCGGUCUGGCAGCCGGCUGUGAGCAGCUGAAAAAGCAAACAGAUUUGAUUCUCGUUCCCUCUACCGAGGAUCCGACGGCCCCAAACAUUCUGCCGCGAGCUCCGAUACCAGAAUGCCUGGCAGCAGGCCUGCUCAAGGCCUGGCCACGCACUCAGUUGGCAACAAAUCCCUGCCGGCUUCAGUAUUGUACGCAACAGAUCGUAGUCUGCCGGUUGGAUCUUAUGGCAAAGUUCUGCCGCAAUACGCUGCACUUUCCCGAAGACACAUCCCAAAUUGAGCAGCACUUUUCAAGAACAAUUGUGUGUCAGGGACACCUGGUGCCCAUACAUCCCAUUGCCAUGCCCGUGCAUUGGGAUUAUGAUCCGGCCCUGUGGCUCUAUCCGCUGCCUGAUCUGAUUGUCAUGGGUGAUUCUUGUCAGAGCUUUAGUAGCACCCAGCAUGGUUGCACUGUGCUCAAUACCGGCUCCUUCGUCAAGUCCAAGUUUGCCUUCAAAGUAUAUAUACCCGCAACGCGAACGAUUGAGGACUCGGAGAUACCGGACGAUGUAGAGUAGACGUAAGUUUAGUUUCUGUUAAAUAUAUACAAAUACCAGUACUA